AUGCUCUCCUCCCUCUCCUCCUCCCUGUCGAACGCGCGACAGUCCAUCGCGCAGAUCCUCAACUUCGCCCUGGUCCUCUCGACCGCGUUCAUGAUGUGGAAGGCCCUCUCCGUCGCGACCAACUCGUCGUCGCCCAUCGUCGUCGUGCUGUCCGGGUCGAUGGAGCCUGCGUUCCAGCGUGGCGAUCUGCUGUUCCUGUGGAACCGGAGUCCGCGGGCAGAGGUGGGCGAGAUCGUCGUCUACAAUGUCAAGGGGAAGGAUAUCCCGAUUGUGCAUCGGGUGAUGCGGUCCUUUACGGAGGAGGAUCCGAAGAUGAAGUUGAAGAAGGCGGGGACUUCUCCGACAACACUCUCCUCCGAACCCUCCGAAAAGCUGCUCACCAAAGGCGACAACAACGUUGCCGACGACACGGAGCUCUACGCGCGAGGACAGGGCUUUCUUGACCGCAAGGAGGACAUUGUCGGCAGUGCCUCUGAACUGGACGGUAUUAUUUCUGUAAACUGGCAGCCUGAAAGCAUUAGCAUGCAAGCGGCUCUUCGGGAUGGCAAGUUCCGCAGCGGGAAUUCAGCUCUGACAAACAGGACUACAUACACUGCUUCCGCCCGAGUCACCGCCUUCGCCUUCCGCCUGAUCUGCUCCACCGUUCAGCGUCACAAUACCCCGCCAUCGACAGGCAGGCUGAAGACCGAAUUCAACCCUCCUCCAUCUUGCUGUCACAUUCGUUCCACUCUUGCUUCUCAACACUCAUUUUUCUCUUCUGGAACAGCACAAUGGGCAGCCAAAAGCGGAUUGCAAAGAAACGCCGGGCUAAUGUUUACAUUACUUGUUUACCAGGAACUCAGCGAGCUCGUCGAAUCGCCCCCGGCCGGCAUCACCGUUGAGCUGGCAAAUGAAUCGGAUCUGUAUGCUUGGAAGGUGUACAUGAAGGGGCCGGAGGAUUCGCCGUAUCAGGGCGGCACUUUCCUCAUCAAUCUCACUCUCCCCAAAGAAUACCCCUUCAAGCCCCCGACCGUCUCCUUCGCGACCAAGAUCUACCACCCCAACGUCUCGAACGACGACAAGGGCAGCAUGUGCCUCGGAAUGCUGAAAUCCGAUGAGUGGAAGCCCAGCUCGCGCAUCAGCGCGGUCCUGGAGUUCGCGCGGCAGCUACUGGCCGAACCGAUGCCGGACGACGCAGUCGAGGGCCGCAUCGCGGAGCAGUACAAGAACGAUCGCAAGCGGUAUGAGGAGAUUGCCCGCGACUGGACGAGGAGCUUUAAGGAAGGCGAAAGACACCCACAGACACACGGUGAUAUUAUAUCAUGGUUUUAUCCAACCACUCGCAUUCUCUAUUCUAUUCCAUUCUGUUCGACAUCCAUUAUUGCAAGGGAGGAAGGCGUUUGUUGA